AUGAGCCACGCUGCAGACGCGGGGCGGCUCGCGGAGAUGAAAACAAAACUCACCGAAGCGCAAAUGAAGGCCAAGAGCGCGGUACAACUGACCAACAGCCUCAAGACAGAUCUCGCAAAGCUGCAGGAGGAGCACAAAACCCAGGCCGGCGUGUCCCAGGCCGAUGUUGAUGACGCCAAAGCCGAAGUCACCAGAUGGGAAGAGUACACGACCGACGCCGUGGAGGAGUUCCAGCAGCUACGUCAGGAUAAGGAGGACUUCGAGCGGGAGAUGAAUGAAAGGCCGCUCAAAUGA